UCAAAAACGUCAACUGUAAACAAAACUCAAGCGCUAGCGGAUACAUUUCCCAAAAAGAAAUUGGUUUCCUUUACUCCAGUUAAAUAGCUAGUGUUACCUGCUUUAGAAACAGUAUUUGCUGUAAGUGAGGAAAUAGUUGCUUUAUCAAGUAUCAGAACAGUGCGGUAAGCGCGAUGAGCGACAACGACAUAACAAAGAUGAAGGUGGCAGAUCUGAAGAAGGAGCUGAAGGCAAGAGGUUUGAGCGUCAUGGGCAAUAAAAACGAGCUUGUCGACCGAUUACAGUCCGCUCUGUUAGACGGUGGGGAUGUGCUGGAAGAUACGGCAAACUCUGAAGAUUUGCUAGAAGACGAUGACCUAAACGACGACUUGCUUGAUGAGGAUAAAGACCUGACUGAUCCUGUUGGGGAAGAGGAGCAGAUUCUUAAGUCUCCAACGCCGAGUGAAACAUCCAAGUCUAUCUCUCCCGAGCAACAACCGAAACCGUCCUCUACAGGGGAAGAUGCGAAGAGCUCCGUUACCAAGGGUGCGGUACCAACCGCUGCGCAGCGUAAAAUUUGUCUGAAGCGAAAUGUUUCCAUCACGAGGCCUCCGAUCGUUUCGGAUUCACCGACCGCAUCAACGGAGGAACCAAAAGCUCAACGGCAGCAGCAUCAGAGUGGAAACAGCAGUGCUAACAGUGGCAGUGACGGUGAACCAGAAAAGAAAGUCGUCAAACUGGGCCAACUGAGCGCCCUGGAGAGGCUUGAAAUGCGGGCGAAAAAGUUUGGAGCGCAAGCAGCAUCGUCGACAGCGUCGGUCUCCGCUUCGGGCGCUGCUGCGGGUAGUACACCAAGUACUGGCAGCGGAACAAAUGACAAGCUGCAAGCUCGUGCAGCACGUUUCGGUUUGUCCGCUAGUAGCACCACCAGCACCGCCAGCACUGGCAGCAGCAUUACAUCUUCCGGUGAGCCACCGUCUCUUGAUGCGCUGAAGAAACGUGCCGAACGUUUCGGUGGAUCUGUUUCGUCCAAGAUGAGCAAACUGGAGCAGCAAGAAAAACUUGCCAAACGGCAGGCCCGGUUUGCACAGACAGCCAGCAGUACUGCUGCUAACGGUGCCGAGAAGGUAUCGGUCGGGUCGGUCGAUUACGCCGAGAAGGCUCGCCUCCGGUUGGAGAGAUUCAAAUCGGCAGCAUAAUUGCCUUGCAUAUGAUCUCGUUUGGCUGGCUUCGUAAAACAAAAAUAAAAAAUUGUAACUAUAGCAAUUUAACUUUCCUUGGAAAACAACUUCUUCUCUUCCCUACAAUCCUCUCCAUGAAUGGGUGCGGUAAGAGGACAAUCACCGCCGAGGCGCCCAAUAAUGGUAAAUGGAUGGGCUUGCAAUAUUGGCCUAUUGUGAGACGCCCGAUUCGAUGUACUGGAUUUUUGUCCAUAAAAAACUCGACACCACAUUUUAAGAUAAUGUGUUUUGUAUCUAAUAAAUUAAAUAAAAUGCUAUAAGUACUGAAAGGAAGAGCAAGAAACAAUGUUGAACGAACAUAAACUUUUAAUUCGAAAAAUAGCCGUCAAGGAAUUCGUACAAUUGUAAUUUUUAAACGGACAUUUAAAUUAAAUACAUUAAACAAAUUGAUAGAUA